AUGUCUUAAUUUAAGAAGUUGGGAGGCAUAAAUUUAGUUGAAUCAAAAUAGGAAGUAGAAUUUCUAUUAAAAUAUGAUAUUGGUUUUGAAGAUGUAGAUUAAAUCAAUGAUGAAUAAAGUGAUUAUCUUAAUAUAUUUAGAAAUGAAAAGAAUGGCAGAAUUACUUUAAUAAAGAAAUACUAAUGCAAUCAAUCCAAAAUUAAUAUUUGUACAAAUAUAGAAUUACUUUGAAGAAUUUGAAUCAUCCUUUUAGACAAUGUAUAAUUUAGCACCUUCUUAAACAAGUAAUUUGUUGAAGUAAUUUUUAAGUAUUUAUAUUGUUAAUAGGAGGACACUAACAAUAAUUUCUGUUUAUUAUAUAAUGA